AUGCACAGAGCGUUGAAACACGCUAGUGUGGGCGACUGCUGCUCCACAGCGGCUGCAGUCAGGCGAGUUGUGCGAGUCCGUCGAGUGUGCGGGGAGUGUGCGGUGGUAUUUGGCGCGUUGCGGUGUGUCUCCUCGACGCACACCGUGUCCAGGGAGGAGCUCCGCGCCGCACUGCGUGCCCUUUCCCUCCCUGACGGUGCGACGGACAGCGACAUCAAAGCCCGCUUUCAGGAGCUUGCCAAAACGAGUCAUCCUGACGUGCUCCACGGCGUCAACCCUCACAGUUCUAGUGGUGAUGCCGACCCGCAGCGUGGGGGUGGUGGCAACAUGGAUGCGUCACGGAAUGAAGCAACCGCCGCAGAAAAUAUGCGGCGAGGGGUGGAGGCAUAUCGGUUGCUGCGGCGGUACAGCAGCGCGGAACGACGCAUGAUUUUGUCCUCCUUACGUGAUAGCGACGCACAUCAGCGUGCACAACGUGCAUACGAGGGUCGACGUCGAGAGCAAUCUCAGGAACCGCAAGGCGGGGACAGUGGCGCGCAGUCAGGCCGAGGACGAAACAAAACAGCUCAAUUUAAUGCCUUUCGGGAGCGCAUGGAGAGGAUGCGAGAGGAGGCCCCACCAUGGAAUCUGGCAGACCGACAACGGAGGGGAGCUAGGCAUGCGCUCUCAUUUAUGUUUGGGUCACAGGGUCACUCAGCGAAAGCGGCGAUGGAUCGUAUCUUUUGUGAGUAUCAGCGUACCGGGGGCUUGGGGGAUGGCCCAGCAGGCAACACCCGCCGCCCCCAGUACCCGCCUGGCACGUUUGCGUCGACGUCAGCCGCAUUCGCCCCGCAGGCAGAAGUGCAGUAUAUGCGAAGCAGGGAAAAAGCCCAGCAGGCCGCCGUUAUUGAUGCUGCUGUAGGGUCCCGUCUUGUGCUGGGAGUCUUUGCUUUCUUUUUGCUUGCCGUUGCGUGCAUGGUGUAUGCAACCGUGUCACGGCGGCGGGGUGCACAGUGGAAGUAUUACACGACGGAAACUCCGGCUACAUACUUCAUUUCGAAUGGUGUGGGCGAAGAGGGCAAAGAGGCGGGUGGGUGGGGGCAAGAAAAAAGGAGCUGA